AUGUCUUCCGACAACGAGGACAAACUUCUCAAAGAGCUCCAAGCUAUCCAGGACAACUCAAUCAUUGUCGAUCCCACCGCAUAUUUGGCAGUCCCCACACUGCGACGCUACCAAGAGGUUUGGAAGCUCUUUGACCAAUGGCUCGGCACCCUUGUGGAGUCCGGCUCCAACAACCUACUUCCUGGCUCACCCACCACCGCAAGCGAACUUCUCAAUCCUUCCACCCCUCACAUGCCUUCCAGAGCCUUCGCCUCCUUCCUUGAGUGGUGGGCAUCUUACACCUCUGCCGCUUACUACAAACUCCCGCUAGUCAACACUGCCGUCACAAUUAUCGGGCGUCUCUUCCGCUAUCUCGACCUCCACAAGCAGGACAAGCUUCCACGAUUCACCAGGCUUUCGGUGUUCAGGCAUAUUCAGGGUGAUAUGGUCAAAGACAAGUUUCUCUUGCCCCAGAAGCGACACCGCUCCUUUACAUCUCAAGGAGGAAUGAAACAGCUAGCCCAAGCAUUCUUCUCUCCCAAAGCGCAACAUUCCUUACGAGCCAGAUGGCAAGGAUCCCUCUCGCCCGGCGACGCACAGCCUAUCGAUACCCUGGGCGUGAGGUACCAAGACUUUUUGCUAUGCAUCACACCAGCAGAUGAACCUGACUCGCCUCCCACUCUCGCCCUCCGCCUCACCACCCUUCACGGCAAAAGAGACGCCUCCCGUGACAAGGAACAUGUCUUGCUCGCGGAAAGCGAAUUGUGGUCCUGCCCCGUCCAUUGGCUCCUAGUCCUGGCCACUUUGGACGACACCCUCCCCUGUCCCCUGGACCUUCUGCUUCACUCCCGCAACUUUCCCGCUCCACGAGUCUUGCAAUUUGGACGUGGCAACCUCGCAAUAUGUCAAAGUACACGCCAAUCUGCUCGGUCAUCUUGGACCGUUGGCUCGCUUUACAAGGUCAUGACACGCACCUCCUUGAUUGCCGGCUUUCCCUACGCCAUCACACCAUACGCCCUACGCCGGUCAAUGGCCGUACACAUGUUUGCAUCUGGUGUGCCUCUGGCACAAAUUUCAAAAAGGCUGGGCCAAACAUUAUGUCAGGAAGUGCUACGGCGUUACAUUGGGGAAUUCCCAGCCACCGAUAUCACGGCUCAUGUCCAUGAGGCAGCUGAUUCAGACGCCAUAAUAGCCAUGGAACAUUUGCUUCUUCACCCAAACAUGCUGUCACUCGCGGCCCGAGCCCCAAUCUCCCUAUCCCCCGAGGGAAUAGAGGCGAUCCAUGAUGAUGCUGAGUACGUUGAGGAGCUCGAGAGACACAGAUCUUUGCGACAGGAUCUCCUUCAGGGAAGUGCCUACAAACAAGCCACUCCUGAGGCGCAAGCACAGAUAAAACUCAGCUGGUCUCGACUUCGCGUGGUGUGGGGUCGAAAAAGCAGAGAAAUCUUCAGGCAGGAGUGCUACAACUGGUUCCAAGCCCACGAUCAAGAACGGCUUGUGAUGCUAUCCCAAGCCCUGGACAACCUACAAGACGAAGCUGCCUUGGACCAAAUGCCAGAUGUUAUGUCAAGCACUGCGGACAUUGUGGAAUACGACCCCGAAGCGUUCGAAUACGUUCUCCGCACCCAUCGCCUACAAUACGCCUCUGAUUUCGCCAGUCUCGCUCAAGCAAGCUGCCAAGAAGAAACAGAGCUAGACGCGGACGACAUAGACGCCAUAGAUGACGCAGA